CCAGCAGCUCGUCCGUCCCCUCGGUCCUGGCCCGCGCGGAGUCUGUCUGUGGAGGAUCAGUGAUGCUGGCCGGACCCAUCCCCACCCUGCUCCUGCUGUGCCUGGCGACCCCCAGCUGGCAGCAGCCCCCGCGGAUCCAGGUGCGGCUGGCGGGGGCCAGGAGCCAGGCUGGCGAGGGGCGGCUGGAGGUGCUGUAUGACGGGCAGUGGGGGACCGUGUGCGACGACGACUUUGACAUCCACGUGGCCAGCGUGGCCUGCAGGGAGCUGGGCUUUGAGUCGGCCGUGACGUGGGCCCACAGCGCCAAGUAUGGCCAAGGGGAAGGCCCCGUCUGGCUGGAUAACCUGCGCUGCGCUGGCACCGAGCGCUCCCUGGCCGAGUGCCAGUCCAACGGCUGGGGCGUGAGUGACUGCCACCACGGAGAGGACGCCGGCGUCGUGUGCUCGGCCCGGCACCCGCCCGGCCCUCGCUCCCCGGGCCCAGCCCCCGGCCUGCAGGGAAGGAAGCUGGAAGAGGUGCGGCUCAAGCCAGUCCUGGCCUGGGCGAAGCUGAGCGUGCCCGUCAGCGAGGGCGUGGUGGAGGUGAAGCACGAGGGGCGCUGGAGGCAGGUGUGCGACGCCGGCUGGACCAGGAACAACAGCCGCGUGGUGUGCGGGAUGCUGGGCUUCCCCCGGGAGAAGCGGCUCAACACCGGCUUCUACAGGAAGCUCUGGAACCUGAAGUUGAAGGAUCCCAAGUCCAGCCUGAGGGGCCUGAGCCAGAAGAACGCAUUCUGGAUCCACCGGGUCAGCUGCCUGGGCACGGAGCCCCACCUGUCCCACUGCCCGGUGCAGGUGUCCCCUGCCGCCCGGCGCCAGCCCGCCUGUGCCCACGGCAUGCACGCCGUCGUCAGCUGCGUCCCGGGCGCCGAGUUCCAGACCGCCAAGGCCAAGCCGUUCCGCAAGGGCCUGCGGGCAGAGGGGCCCCGGGUGCGUCUCCGGGCUGGCGCCCAGGUGGGCGAGGGCCGGGUGGAGGUGCUGCAGCACGGCCAGUGGGGCACCGUGUGCGACGAGAAGUGGGACCUGCUCGCAGCCAGCGUGGUGUGUCGGCAGCUGGGCUACGGGACGGCCAGGCAGGCCCUGACGGGGGCCCAGAUGGGCCAGGGCCUGGGCCCCAUCCACAUGUCCCAGGUUCAGUGCACAGGCUACGAGCGCUCGCUCCAGGAGUGCAGCUUCCAGGAGGCAGCGCAGAGCGGCUGCCGGCAUGAGGCCGACGCUGCCGUCCGGUGCAACGUGCCCCACACGGACUACCAGAGCCAGGUGCGCCUGGCGGGGGGCCGCAGCCCCGAGGAGGGUGUGGUGGAAGUGUUGGUGCCGGUGGGGGGAGCCCUGAAGUGGGGCGCCGUGUGCGGCGAACGGUGGGGGCUGAACGAGGCCAUGGUGGUCUGCAGGCAGCUGGGGCUGGGCUUCGCCAGCCACGCCCUCCAGGAGACCUGGUACUGGCAGGGCAGCCCAGAGGCGGGCGAGGUGGUGAUGAGCGGCGUGCACUGCACGGGCACCGAGCUCAGCAUCCAGCAAUGCCAGCGCCACGGCCCCGUGCACUGCCCGGCGGGCGGCGGGCGCUUCUCUGCCGGGGUCAGCUGCACCGACACCGCCCCGGACCUGGUGCUGGACGCGCAGGUGGUGCAGGAGACGGGCUACCUGGAGGAGCGGCCGCUCGCCAUGCUGUACUGCGCCCAUGAGGAGCGCUGCCUCUCGCACUCGGCCGACCACGCCAACUGGCCCGACGGGCACCGGCGCCUGCUGCGCUUCUCCUCCCGGAUCCACAACCUGGGCCGAGCUGACUUCCGGCCCCAGACCGGCCGCCACGCCUGGGUCUGGCACCAGUGCCACAGGCACUACCACAGCAUCGAGGUCUUCACCCACUACGACCUGCUGACGCUCAACGGCUCCAGGGUGGCUGAGGGGCACAAGGCCAGCUUCUGCCUCGAGGACACCAACUGCCCCCCAGGGCUGCAGCGGCGCUUCGCAUGUGCCAACUUUGGGGAGCAGGGCGUGAGUGCGGGGUGCUGGGACACCUACCGGCACGACAUCGACUGCCAGUGGGUGGACAUCAGCGACGUGGGGCCCGGCAGCUACGUCCUACAGGUGGUCGUGAACCCCAAGCACGAGGUGGCAGAGUCCGAUUUCUCCAACAACGUCAUGAGGUGCCAGUGCAAGUACGACGGGCAUCGCAUCUGGCUGCACGGCUGCCGCACAGGGGACCAGUACGGCGCCGACGCAGUGCGAGAGCUGGAGCAGCAGCAGCGCCUGGCCACUAACCUCAUCUGAAGCACGUGGGGUGGAGCUGAGCCGGGGGAGCCCCCAA